UCAACGUGGCGGCCGUGUAGUCGCAAGCGUCAAGUUAUGGCGUUUAGUGAAAAACACGUAAAUAUUGAAAAUUGUAAUUAGAUGUCAGUGUAAUUUUUAUUAAUUAGAUUUAAUAUGAGUAGAUAUUACGAUUACGGUAACGCGAUAUCAUGUUGACAUGAGAUGGUCGUUCGUCAACAAUGGUUAAAACACGAUCUUCAGCGAGGGUAGGAAGCGCGGCCACCAGUGCGCCCGCCGAAAAUGGAACUUCUUCCGAACUUAGAUCGCGGCUCAAAACCACUGAGAACGGUCACCGCUCACAAAGGCCCUACAAUCAAACUAGGAACAAUCAGGCCCUGCCGUCGGGCGGCGUGGGGCCCGGCAGCGGGUCGCAGGGCAAGGACCCGCUGGCGCCCGCACUGCCGGGCUCGCGGGCCCUGUACCAGCACCCCGCCGUCAGCGGGUACAACACACAGGACUCGCGCUCACAAGCCAUGCCUGUCACGAGUCGUCAGCCGAUAUACCCGAGUAGUAUGUACCACGGGUACGGCGGCGGGGGCGGCGGCACUCUGGCGCCGAUGCCUUCGCCCUCGCCCACCGCGCCGCUCGCGCCCUUCCCCGUGCACCCCGACGUUAAGUUUAGGAAACUGCCGUUUUACGACGUGCUAGCGGAACUGAUGAAGCCAUCGACAAUGAUGCCGAUGCAAGCAGGUCGCAUGCAAGAAGGCACGUAUGUGUUCCAUCUCACGCCGCAGCAAGCCACUGAGAUCGCCUCGGGGAAGGAUCUCGUUGGCACCAGCAAUAAACUCGAUUAUGUCAUACAGGCACAACUCAGGUUUUGUCUUCUAGAAACGUCGUGUGAACAAGAGGACCACUUCCCGCCUAGUGUUAACGUGAAAGUUAAUAACAAAAUGUGUCCACUACCAAACCCAAUACCAACCAACAAGCCGACUCCGGAACCAAAGCGGCCUCCGCGCCCAGUGAACAUCUCCUCACUAGUUAAGCUGUCUCCCACCGUCGCGAACACCAUACAAGUGACGUGGGCGGCCGACUUUACGCGCGCGUACGUGCUCAGCGUGUUCAUGGUGCGCAAGCUCACUUCUGCUGAGCUGCUGCAGAGGCUGAAGAAUAAGGGAACUAAGAAUCCGGAUUAUACGCGGUCACUCAUCAAAGAGAAGCUAUCAGAGGACUACGACAGCGAAAUCGCCACGACAUCCCUACGCGUCUCCCUCAUGUGUCCUCUCGGCAAGAUGCGUAUGUCAUGUCCGUGCCGUCCAGCCAACUGCCCGCACCUGCAGUGCUUCGACGCCUCGCUGUUCCUGCAGAUGAACGAGCGCAAGCCCACGUGGCUGUGUCCCGUGUGUGACCGACCCGCGCCUUAUGACUCCCUGGUCGUUGAUGGGUACUUCCAAGAGGUGUUGACAUCGCCGCGGCUGUCGGGCGACUGCAACGAGAUCCAGCUGCACGCGGACGGCAACUGGUCGGCGCACGCGCAGCCCGCGCGGGCGCCGCAGCUGCAGCAGCCCGCCGCAGAGCCUGUCACGCUCAUCUCUGAUGAUCUUGAAGUGAUCCCAGUGGAGAGCGGCGGGGCAGCGGGCAGCGCCAAGCGCGCGGCGGUGGGCGAGGCCCGCGCGCCGCGCUCCGCCGACGUCAUGGUGGACCUCACCUCCGACUCCGACGACGAGCUGCCGCUCAAGCGCAAGGUGCCGCAGCCCAAGCCCACGCCGCCCGCCUCAGAGUCCAGCGUCAAAAGCGAUGAUAAUUACUCUUCGUCUAGUGCGGCGGAGGCGGUGUCGUCGAGCGGGUACCGGUCGCCGGGCGUGGCGGGCGCGGCGUGCGGCGUGAUCUCGCUGGACUCGCCGUCGCCGCCCGCGCCCGCGUCGCCGCCCGCGCCCGAGCCCGCGCCCGAGCGCCCGCACCUCUCCAUCACGCCCGUCGCGCCGCCCAGCACCACCUCGCACCACAUAGAUUUGCUGACCAAGUUGCCACAGUUAUCCGUCUCGCUGGUAGCCCCCGCACCGGCCGAGCCGUCCUUAGCACAACACGAGACCAUGACGGACGGACCGCACCUGUCUAUCACGCCUGUUACCACCACCGCGGCUUCUACUCAUCAUAUAGGUUCGAGCACAAACGCGGAGCGCGACGAUGGCGAGGCGACGCCAACGCACUGGGCGCCAUACGCCGACUCCGAGAGAGAUGAUAACUUUAGGAAAUACUGACUGAGGGAAAAGAGUGGCCGCACUUCAUAUACCAGCGGUCAUUCUUCAGAGGAAGACCCGGAGGCGUCGUACCCUGAGGUGCCGCUGCUGCCGCCGCCCUAAGCCCGUGCUGCGGGACUGACGCCAGUGGCCCUGCGACGCUGGUCUUCCACAGCCACGCAAGGCUCUCCCAAUAUGUACAUAUUACUUGAGUGACCUCGAGUGAUGCAAGAGUCGCAUUCCACAUGACUCUGCUCCAAACAUAAUGAACAUCAUGGAAACGUUCCAUGUGAACAUUUAUACUACCACAGUUUAAUAUUAUGACUAAAGUGCAUUUUGUUCACCAAAUAUGUGUAAAUCUGUGAAAUAAAUCUAUGAGUAUUGCUGAGUAAGCUAUCAAGAUCAAAUAUUUUAGUCUGUAAGAGCCUUAUUUUCACUAGAUUCAACAUAGCUUAGUCCUGUCAUGAUAAAUAUCAAAAUUGUCUACAUUUUCGAAGAACAUUGUGUAUUAUAAAAUCAUUCUAGGGGUAUAGAUUUAAAGUAUGUUUCUCGAGGAUUCGUACAAGUAUGAAUAUGAUGUGGUUUUGUAUGUGUGAACGAGAUCAGCUGUAAGAAAACUCAAUAGAAGGAAGGCCUUAGGAUUCAGAAUUUUGAAUGCGCAAGUAUUUCGUAAUUUUGUAUUUUUUUAGGUAGUGUAUGUCGUAUAACGACUAGCAAUUUUCUUAAUUAAUAUAAAGAAAAUUUUCAUUGCUUUUUAUAUUUCCAAAACAUAAAAGUUACAUCAAUAACUAAAUUCAUCAUCAACAAGUCCUUGUUUCUCUAAUUCAUUGCAAUGGGGCGAUAUUUCUUCAACUAACAAGAAAUGUCUACCUUCCUGUGGAAUAGAACAAUUUUGUACCUAUCAUUCGAUACUGACCCAAUUUCAGAAAUUCAUAUUUCCACCUUGUACAUAGCAUCAUAAAUUUAGUCUAAAUGUUGAUGUCAUUUUGAUGAACACGAGAUUAGUAAACUAUUGUUUAUGUUCAAUUGGCACUCGCAUCAACCGGUUUACAUUCGUUAGUCAUCAACUCUGCUUGGCAAAGUUCUCUUGCCUCUAACUACAGUUAAAAGUGUAAAUAAAAAUUCAUAUUAUGACACCAAAUUUUUAGUUUAUACUUUGAGUUAAGUGAUCUACUACCAGCUCUUGCUAACUACUUAAAAACUGUUUUAGUAUUCUUUCAAAGGGGGGGCAAUUCAUUCAUUGAUGUAAUGAAUGAUAAUAAUUUAGCUACCAAACUAGACUUCUUUGUUAGAUUCAAAUGUAGUAACUUAGUAAAUAACUAUGACAAUGUUCUCUGUGAAUAUUGCUAGAUUUAUACUAAUGUUCUUCGUCUUUGCAAAUGUGAUGAUACUAAAACAAGCAGUAUUACUGGUAAUUUGAACACAUUUCAAAAAUCACUGAUCUUAUGAUUAUGUCACCAGAAAAUAACAAGUUGUUGUUUUACGAAGAGAUGGGCGUAAAAUACAUAUACAAUUUAUCCUUCGUUUAGAAUCUUGCGGAUGUUGGUAUCUUCCGGUGACAAUUAUUAUGAAACUCAAUAAUGAAUACGAACUCUAUUAUCGCGUUGCUAAGACAAAACUACUGCCGAAUAACAUAUUUUUUUCACUCGGAGAUGUUCUAAUUUAUUUAUUACUAAGGUGUAGUAUAGUAACAAAUGUAAUUGAUAAUAUUGAGCGAGUUAUUGAGUUGAGUGAUUGUAAUAAUAUUGAGGUGGAUGUCGACAUUGUGGGCUUCAAUGAAAUACAGAAUGUUAGAAUAAGAUAUUGUCAUUAAUAAUAAAUGUAAAUAUUGCCCUAC